AUGACUCUUCAAUCCCUACUCAACACCCUUCUCAUCUCAGACAUUUUUCUAUUUUCCCAAGUGUUCAGCUCCCUGGCCCCUCUGAACAAAAUGGGUUCGAUGAAUGACUCACUCGAGAAGUCACUCGCAAAGUCCCCCCGCAAAGUCCCCUGCCAAAGUCCUCGCCAAAUCUCCCACCAUAUCUCCCACCGAAGCUCCCGCCAAAAGUUCCAGUACCACUACAGAUGGACAGAUCGUGAUAUUCAUAUCGACUGGGGUGAUACUGGAAUCGGUCCAGACCUCACAUCUACUUAUGGUCUUGGUCCAGGAAAACCGAUCUUGGAGCAUAUUGAUGGAUUGACACAAGUCUUUCAAGCUGGAAAUAAAUUCUAUCUCUGGGUUAUGACGGUUGAUGAUGUCUACGAGACAGAUUGUCGGGAUAUACAUGAUCUCUAUGAUCGUCUAUGGCGGGGAGGAAUGAAGACCAUCGAGACACGGCGCCUGGAGGAACCUGACGACCCUGAGUGUUAG